AUGUCUGUAUCGGUUGUUCUGAAGAAUGCUUGUAGUACUUGUGGGGAAGGUCCACACUGGGAUGAUGUCACAAAAUGUCUUUCAUUUGUGGAUAUUAUGGCUGGAGAUUGUCAUCGCUGGGAUUCUCAAACUGGAGACCAUGAAAAAAUUCAUAUAGGUAAUCCUACAAGUUUGAUUAUUCCAAGAGAAAAAGGUGGUUAUAUUGUAUCACAAGGUUUGCAGUUGGCUCAGCUUGAUUGGCAAUCCAAACAACUAAAACCUAUUUUGUCUGUGGACCUAGAAAAACCUAAAAACCGUUUCAAUGAUGGAAAAUGUGACACUCUUGGAAGAUUAUGGGCAGGAACCAUGGGUUAUGAAACAUACCCAGGUGACAUAGAGAAAGAAGUUGCCCAUUUAUACAUGUUUGAUAAAGAACAAAAUUUGCAUACCAUUAAAGACAAAGUGAAUAUUUCAAAUGGAAUGGCAUGGACAGCGGACAACAGAACAUUUUUCUAUACACAUUCAAUGCCCCGCAAGGUUUUUGCAUAUGACUUUGAUUUGGUUUCUGGAAAUAUCUCCAAAGAACGAGUGGUGGUUGACUUUACAGAGAAAUCUAUAGAUGAAUUUGGCAUCCCAGAUGGAAUGACAAUUGAUUUGAAUGACAAGAUAUGGUUGGCUUGUUAUUUCAGUAGCAGAAUAUUUCAAAUAGACCCUGAAACUGGUAAAAUUCUCCAAACUAUCAAGUUUGAAACCAGCAACAUUACAUCAUGUUGCUUUGGUGGACCAAAUUAUGAUGAGCUGUAUGCAACAUCUUCAACCAUUGGCUUAACAGCUGAAUCGCUUGCUAAACAACCUCUUGCUGGUUCCAUCUUUAAAGUAAAUAAUAUUAAUGCAAAAGGUGUGCCAGGAAUUGCUUACCAAGGUUAA